AUGUGCAACUACAUCUAUAAAGAGAUGAGCUGCCAACAUCACUACCAUUUGGUGGAAUCGUGGUGCUCCAAGUACAUCGAAACAGAACGGAGAUGUCCGCCUACAAUUGUGAGCAAACAGUAUUGGGGUGACGAUAUCUGUUCGGCCUGCCGCGAACGACAGCAACCAAGCAAUCAUCCUUGCGCAAAGCUGAUUCAACGGCCAGCCCCGAAGACACCAUCCUCGUAUCAACAUGUGGUGGCACGCACUCCAGGACAGAUGAGAAGGUUAAAUCUCAACAGGAGGACUGGGACGCUGGCAGAGACGGUCAAAUCUCUCCCUUUACUGCAAUGGCCCAUUGUGACGGCUGCGCAAAGCAGAUGUCCUUGA